ACAAAUUACUGGCGCACUUUGUCGCCGGUGCGCCAUUAGUUCUAACUACUAAUGGCGCACUUUACCAGGAUGCGUCAUUAGUAUGUUUGAAAAAAUGGAAAUUUUUUUUUGUUACUAGUGGCGCACCUUUUGUCUGGUGCGCCAUUAGUGUCUUCCACACUAAUGACGCACCUCCACCUGGUGUACCAUUAGUAUAUAGUAGUGGCGCACCACAUCUCUGGUGCGCCAUUAGUGUCAAUCCUAUCUUUAGCCCUUUUCCUAGUAGUGUGAUCCCGAGACCUUCGCGAAGAACCGUGAGCUGGAGGUGAUCCACUGCCGAUGGGCCAUGCUUGGUGCCCUAGGUUGUGUCUUCCCUGAGUUGCUCGCCCGCAAUGGCGUUAAGUUUGGCGAGGCUGUUUGGUUCAAGGCUGGCUCCCAAAUCUUCAGCGAGGGUGGCCUCGACUAUCUUGGCAACCCCAGCCUCGUCCACGCGCAAAGCAUCCUAGCCAUUUGGGCUUGCCAAGUUGUGCUCAUGGGCACUGUCGAGGGGUUUCGCAUUGCCGGUGGCCCACUCGGCGAGAUUGUUGACCCGCUUUACCCUGGAGGCAGCUUUGACCCGCUUGGCCUAGCUGACGACCCCGAGGCAUUCACAGAGCUUAAGGUGAAGGAGAUCAAGAACGGUCGCCUUGCCAUGUUCUCCAUGUUUGGCUCCUUUGUGCAGGCCAUUGUCACCGGCAAGGGCCCGCUAGAGAACCUCGCUGACCAUAUCAUUGAUCCUGCCAACAACAAUGCCUGGGCAUUUGCCACCAACUUUGUGCCUGGCAAGUAAGGCACGUACUAGAGCUGAGUUGUGAGCUGGCGAGGUGCUCUGAUUUGUACUACCAUCAUGUAAACUAGGGGUUGGGGCGCCACCUUGUGGCGCCUCCUCAAAGGAAGUUGGGGCGGUGCCAAGUUGGCAGUCGCUCAUUCCAGUUGCUUUUUUGCAAUCUUCAUAAACACAUGAAAAUGGCAUGUUACAAGAAGCCACACUAUAAAUUUUGGAAGAGCUAAAUAAAUGACACUCAAAUACAAUGAGAUUAGAACAUCUUCGUCGAGCUUCGAUCGUUCAUUGCAAUUUAUUAAAGAAAAAACAGGACACUGAUCAUAACAAAAACUAAAAACCAAAGAAAAAAUAGGACAUAGAUUAAGGUUGAUGACGCCCGCGCCCGAGCCGCCAGCCUCGUCGUUGUUGGCGGCCAACGCCAACCCGCGGAGCACGGCAAUACAACAAUACAUAGUCAUUCAAAUAACCGCAAAAUGAGAUAAACUGAGGGUACCUAUGUGAUUU